AUGCUUCGUUCCACUGCAUCCCUUAGGGCUGCUAUGAAGCCAGUCAUGGCCACGAGAACCUUGGCCUCAGCAGCUUCCGAUCUCGUUACAAUUGAUUUACCAGCUUCAUCUUUUGAAACUUACAACCUUGAUGCUCCUGAAUUAACUUUCGAAGCUGAAAAGACCGAUCUCCUUCAAAUGUACAAGGAUAUGAUCAUUGUCAGAAGAAUGGAAAUGGCUGCCGAUGCAUUGUAUAAAGCCAAGAAGAUCAGAGGUUUCUGUCACUUGUCUGUCGGUCAAGAAGCUAUUGCUGUUGGUAUUGAACACGCUAUCGCUGCUCAAGAUACCGUUAUUACUUCAUACCGUUGUCACGGGUUUGCAUACUUGAGAGGUGCCUCAGUCAAGGCUGUUUUGGGUGAAUUGAUGGGUAAGAGAGGUGGUGUUUCUUACGGUAAAGGUGGUUCCAUGCACAUGUUUGCCCCAGGUUUCUACGGUGGUAACGGUAUCGUUGGUGCCCAAGUCCCACUUGGUGCUGGUUUAGCAUUUGCUCAUAAGUAUAGAGGUGAAAAGAAUGCCACCUUCACUCUUUACGGUGAUGGUGCUUCUAACCAAGGUCAAGUCUUUGAGUCUUACAACAUGGCUAAGCUUUGGGAUUUACCAUGUAUCUUUGCUUGUGAAAACAACAAGUACGGUAUGGGUACCUCUGCCUCUCGUUCUUCAGCUAUGACUGAAUACUACAAGAGAGGUCAAUACAUUCCGGGUUUGAAGGUCAACGGUAUGGAUGUUCUUGCCUGUUACCAGGCUUCCAAGUUUGCUAAGGACUGGUGUGCCAACGGUAAUGGUCCAUUAGUUUUAGAAUACGAAACUUACAGAUACGGUGGUCACUCCAUGUCUGACCCAGGUACCACCUACAGAACUAGAGAAGAAGUUCAACACAUGAGAUCUAAGAACGAUCCUAUUUCCGGUUUAAAGGCUACCCUUUUGGAAUUAGAUAUUGCUUCUGAAGAUGAAAUCAAGGCUUGGGACAAGGACGCCAGAAAGUACGUUGACGAACAAGUUGCCGCUGCUGAAGAAGAUGUUCCACCGGAAGCUAAGAUGGACAUUUUAUUCGAAGAUGUUUACGUCCCAGGCUCUGAAAUCAAGGAAUUGAGAGGUAGAAUCUCUGAUGACACCUGGAACUUCGAAAAGGGUACUUUCUCCAACAAGGUUUACUAA